AUGGUAAACCAACCACCUAAAAAGACUGCAGCCAAAGGGCGUCCAGUUGCUGGUUCCCAGCGUCCCCCAGCCGGUCGCCCUGCUCAAAAGCCCACCCAAAGACCCCCUGGUUACCAACAAGUCGCUGCACCGAGACCAGUUGCCGGCCGUCCUGUCGUCGGUAGACAGCCCGGACCUAGUCAAGGCAUGCAAAUGGCACAAAUGAGGCGACCACAACAACAAGCAAAUCGCGGAGCUCCAAGACCUACUCAGGCAAUGAGGCCGGGGCACAACCCAAGACCUCAACACGUCCACCAUCGACCAGUCCAACAAGCUGGGCGCGCACCAGCACCACACCCGGGUCAAGGUCACGCUCACGCUCAUAAGAGCGGAAGCUCUUCAAACAUGACAGCUGUCGCCGGCGGCGCUGCAGCUGGAGCAGCACUCGGUAUAGGGGGCGCUGUGAUAUACAACCAGAUGAACAGCUCGACCAACGUUAUCAACCAAGAACACAACAGUUACUCGUCUGAAAAUAACAGCUGGCAGUAUGACAACUACGAACAGACCAACCAUCAACAAGACAACCAUUAUGAUGAAAAUGGUAACUACUACGACAACGGGAAUUACUACUAUGACAACCAGUCCUCUGAUAAUGAGGGCAAUCACGACAAUAAUUAUGAUCCAGAUGCUAGAUAUGAGAGCGAUGGAUAUGACAAUCAAUAUGAUCAGCCCAGCGGCUACACGGAACCACCAGCUCAGGAUUCUUCAAUGGGCCACAAUGUGGGUGAAGAGGAUGGCUGUUGUGGUGACUGCGGAUGCAAUGACUGUUGCGAAUGUAACAAUUGUUGUGAGUGUGAAAACUGUUGCGACUGCGAAGAGUGUUGUGGCUGCUGUGGAAGCGAUGAGAAUGGAAAUGGCGGGUGUGUGGUUAUGUAA